GAAACUUGUAUGGGUGUCGAGCGUCGUUUCGAUCACGACUUCGGUGGAAUAACUAAGUGGCUCAUUAUAUUGCGUUUUGAGUGGUGUGUGUUCACGACGUGUCUCUUGUUACAGUGCAUACUGGUUCGUUGUGGCUCUUGUGCUUCUUGUUGUCGCGUUAUCGUUGUCGGAAUAGAGCGGAAUGUCGUGACUGGCCAGCGGAGUAACCAGAAAUAGAGGGUAGGGCGGGAGAGGGAGAGAGCGUCAUAGAGAAAGAGAGAGAGUACGCUAUCAAAUAUAUCGAUAUAGGUAAAAGCGGAAGCAAUGUACAAAUAAACUUACUCGUUGUUCCGUAAUUAAUCGGUCCGGGCGGGGGCUUGGUCGCGUUCACGCGGGGGCUAAAAGAGAAAGGGCGUGGAAAGAUUAAUACGAGAAUUAACGUAGAGGCAGGGCAAGUCGUGCGUAAACGUACGCUAACACCAUGGGUAAGACGCCAAAGAAGGCGGCCCCUGGGGGCGAUGAGAGGAAUUUGUACAAUCGGAGGCGACUCAAGGCAACGACCGCAGCGUCGAAAACUUCUGAAACGAACUUACACGAGAGACAACGCGAAUCCGAGAGUCCGAACAGGUCUAAGUUGACUGAUGUACAAAAAAGCAAAUCGCCUGGACAAAGGAAAAAUUUUAAGAGUAAACCUGGUGUGUCAAACAGUAGAAGAAAAUUUGAUUCCAUACGUCCUAUGAAGCGGGUUGGCAGGCCACUGGGUAGCACCAAGAAGAAGUUAGCUGCUGCGAAUAAAAACACAGAAACAAAGCAAAGAAACAUGCAGCCCGAAUCGGAGGAGGCAGAAGUUACACUGGAAGAGACUGUACAGAACAAAACUGUCAAUGAAAAUGCUUGCCAGAAUACCCAGGACAUUGCGGAGAAGUGUAUCGAUCAUGCUCCUUCUGGACCUGCUGAGAUCUCUGGGGAAGAGGAGCAUCCGAACAAACAGUUGAUCGUGGAGGAGGAACAGCAAUCUGAGAAAGAUGAGAAAAUAAACAAAUCCAUAGAAACGAAGGAGUCGGAAGAGGAAUACGAGGAAAACGAUUUAACGUUGAGCCUUGAUAACGAGUAUAGUCCCAAGAGAAGCCAAGAAGGAAAGUCAAGCCAUAAGGAUUCGAAGGACAAAGGGAUCGCAGAGAGUCCGUCAGCUCGAGUGGAAUCGGAGAGCAGCAGCAUGAAUGAGAAGGAGGAUGUUCAGAGUGAGUCGCACACCGAAAUGUGUAGCAGCUCGGUGAACGUUCAGGAAUCCGUCGCGUCGGAAUUAUCCGAAGCGGGUGAGACCGUGUCCGAGAACGAUGCUCAGAAAGAGAAAGAGGCAAAGAAAGAGAAAGAGGCAAAGAAAGAGAAAGAGGCAAAAAAAGAGAAAGAGACAAAGAAAGAGACAGACAAAGAAAUAGAGAACGAGAAAAUGGAAGAGAAGACCGAGGAAUUGACGGAGGAUAAAGAUGUGUCGUUUGUCUCGUACGAUCCCUCAAUAAUGUUGAGGGACGUGCAAAUCAAGCUGAACGAUUGCAUGAAGGAUAACUCGAAAUUAUCCGAGACGUGCUGCAUGGAAUCGGAGACGUUGUUACGGCCGUCGCAUGACGGGUCUUUCGGGAAGACUCUGAGAAACAUUUCGGGCAGGCGUUCUUUGAAUAGAAUGCGUCACGUGACGCUGCGCGAGCAUAGAUAUUCGCCGAACAAUUCGAUGUUCGUCAACACGUCGAGCGUGUCUCUGUUGCCGUCGGACGAGACCGAAGAUUUUAAGAUAUUGCGCUACAGCACUGGCUUAUCCGACACUGUUUCCACUAGCAACGGCAGUCCAAGCGAUAAAAAACGGAAGCACGAGACCGAGGAGUGGAAUUUUUCAUUGAAGAAGCAAAAGACCACUGAAUCCGAGAACAGUUUGCUCAACACAUCGAUCAGCAUUUUGAAAGGACUCCGCAGGCCUAUACAAGUCUCUACUCCUGUGUCGGAGUUGAAAUUUCAGAGCAACAAACUGGAUCUCACGGACGACGAGAUCAAUAAAUCUGUAAACGACGCAGCUGGCAAGAAAUGGUGUACAAUCAUGUAAAUUACCGCAGAGUUUUAUAUAUACGCGGCAUCAUGCAGUUUUUUUUUCUUCACGCGAAGUCACAGCGGUAUUCGUGCCAUAAGCCAGAUUCUCGGUACAAGCGUUGUAACAAUAAUGUUCACUGAAAAACUGUCGAAUAAUUCGGUCGAUUUAGCGCGGAAGUAUGGUUGUUCGUUCACUCAUUGAUCGUACUAACCUCGGGCCCUUUGUACGUUGUUUUUUCGUUAAUAGUUUCGUUUCGAAGAACGCGUUUGCCAAACACCGUACAACACACUGUACUCUCGUGAGCAAACUCGGCUUCCGCUAGGAGAAAAAGUCACUUAGAAGAAAGGUUUUCUAGCACUUCGUAAAUUUAUUUCAAGGACUGAAAUAAAUGUUAAAAAAAAAAAAAA